AUGUCGAACCUCCCGCUUCCUCGUGUUGAAUCCCUGGUGGACUGCACCAACUUCAAGCUCACUGUCCUCCCCUAUCUCGCCCAGCUGGAAUGGCUACCCGCCAGCUUGCGCGAAGCCGGCCGGGAUCUGGAUAGCUUGAAGGCUGUGUACCUCGCCACGAACCCUUUUGUCUCCGCACUUUCGAUCUGCUUGGUUUUGGCUGGGGGUUUCUUUUUGGCUGCCGAAAUUAACCGAAACUUCUCCCAGGUGGACCGAUUCUGGAGCAUUUUGCCUGCACUGUACAACGUGCACUACGCUCUUUGGGCGCGUUUAGCCGGAAUCCGCACCCAGACUUUGGAUACAAUCGCUGUCAUCAGCAUUUUGUGGAGUAUUCGUUUGACAUUCAACUAUUGGCGCAAAGGAGGUUAUUCCAUCGGCUCGGAGGACUAUCGCUGGGAAAUUGUACGCGCCAGAGUCAACAACACCUUUGUGUUUACGAUCUUCAACUUCUCCUUCAUCGCUGUGGCCCAGUCCCUGCUCCUCCUUCUGAUCACCGUUCCGACCUACGUCUUCGUGAUCAUCGCGCAGAACAAGGGUCCCGAGAACUUUGGUCUCGCCGAUCUGGCCUUCUCGCGCGUUGCUUUGUUCUUCAUUAUCAUCGAGUUCUUCGCCGAUCAGCAACAAUGGAACUUCCACCAGGCAAAGCACGAGUACCAGACCAAUGCGCGCAUCCCCGAGCAAUUCAAGGACCAAUAUACCUUCGAAGACCUCGAGCGCGGCUUCGUUGUCAGCGGUCUCUGGUCGUGGUCGCGCCACCCCAACUUUGUUGCUGAGCAGGCAGUUUGGUUGACCAUGUACGCCUGGUGUGCCUUCCGCACCGAGACCUACGCCUCGUGGGCUGGAAUCGGUCUCUUGGGCUACAUGGCCAUCUUCCAGGGAAGCACUCGUCUUACUGAGGCGAUCAGUGCUAGCAAGUACUCCGAGUACAGCGAGUACCAGGCUCGUGUGGGCCGCUUCCUCCCGCGCCUGUCUGUUGAGGCCAAGCAGACGAAGCCUGCUAAGAAGGCCGCUAAGAAGCCCAAGGCUGUUGAGAAGAAGAGCAAUUAA